CUGUCUGGGUGUUUUCACAGUUGCCUUCGAUCUCUCACGUUUCCUCGUUAACACAGAUGACUACGGUAAAUCCGCAAAAUCAAAGAUCGCGAUUCUCGAGAGUGGCGAUCGUGUGAUUACGGUGACGUUUUUCCGAAGUGCGAACUUAGAGUUUUUCGGAUUUUAAGUUGGUGACGCUACUUUCGUGACCGGGCUGCUGUUUGAACUUGGCCGAUUUGGAUUUCCAUCCCCGAUCUGUCUGUGGAUUUACAUCGAACAGCCAACGAGGAAAAUCCAUCCAAAAAGGGAAUCCUUCAUGAUGUGCACAUGCCCGAAUUCAAUGUCAGGGAGCCAAGCGUAGGAUGGACCCGACAUUACGAGGAGUCUUACUACACUGAAGAGAAGGAUCGAAGAGGAAGGAAAGAAGAUGCCUGCCUCGCAAACAACCGCCACUGAGCGGCGAAACGACAGGACGGUCACACAUGAGCCACCAAAAUUAAAAACCACGCUCAAGACUCCACCGAAACAAGCAACAAACCCCCUUCAGUUUGUGAAGGUGGGCCCUUGUUCGCUUUACCGGUCUGCCCAGGAGCAGUUGCAGAAGGUUCAAGAAGUCAAAAAGAUAAAGCAAGAGGUGCGAGAAGACCCCGAGGACUGGCAGUCGAAUCUAGACAACUGGAAAAGCAGUAGAAGGAAGCGCCAGGAGCACAUAAUUGAGCGUGUGGUGGAAGUAAAGAAACUGGAAUUAGAAGAACACGAUCGACAGCGACGACGAAGUAAGACUUUCUCAGAAAUGAUGGAAGAGCGAGGAAACAGAGGUCGUAAAUUGAGUAUGAGUCUAGCCAUGUACCACGAAGAAGACUCGAACGACUUGAGUGACCUUGGCAUUGGUACCAGCAGUGGCAAGAGCUCAGUCAGUGGCGACACACACGAUGAUGCACAGAGUGUCCUCAGCGACCGCGACAGUGAAAUCGAGAAAAACCACUCAGACGUGGACAACACGCUGACCGAAAACGGUAACGAUUCCAUCAGCAGCUUGAAAAAAUCCACCUUUGGAAAUGGUUUUCACAACAACAAUCACCACAACAAUCACGAGUACGAUUCGGCAGCGACAGCAACUGCGAGUUCCCCAGAACCCGAGGAAUACACCUACGAAGGAGCGAUUCGAGGAUACGUUUCCAGAGUCUCACAAAAUAUCCCCAGAAGAUCCUUGGUAACCCUGGACGCGAAGCUCGAUAACUCGAAAUCGAACAUGAAUGGUUCGAAGACGAGUCUCAGCGAAGAAACAAAUGGCGUGAAGGUGGAUAUCCUGAAAAGACGCGAGAUCUUCGAGAAAGGAUCGCCGAAGAGCACCGACAACAAAAGCAACAACAGGCUCGGAUCCGACUUUCCCAGCUCGAAGACCAUCAAGGAGCGUUUGUCGCAUCUUGAAAAGCAGAAGAGUGAAUCAGAGACCGUUGAUAAGACCAGCAGCAAGGCUUUGAACAGGCUUUCUGGCGACAUGAACUCUAUCCGCGAGAGGCUCUCGCAUCUGGAAAAGCAGGCUUCCGAGAGAGAGAAGAUCAACCAUCACAACGAGGAUUUGGAAAGCGUUCGACCUUUGAGAGAGAGGCUCUCUACCCUGGAGAAGUACAGCAGCAGUGAUGAAUCGACUACGUCAGCAACUCCUCACGAGCCACGACACAAUGGAGAAUUGUCGGCGAGGUCGAUUAAAGAUCGUCUGAGUGCUCUUGACGCCGCGAGGAACAAGGAACUGGAGAAGAGGAAUUCUUCGGUUAAACACGCUCCACUCUGCUUUCGGGAUCCGGAAAACAGGGUCGAUAACUCGACACCUAGCGAAAGAAGUUCCUCCCCGGAUUCGGAGUACCGAGCGCCGAGGGCGGCUUUUCAUCGGAGUUUGGACUCUCUGGAUGCUGAUGCUUCCAGCGGUCCUGACACUUUCGAAAGAGUUCAGAGUUUGGAGGAGCUGGAUUAUACACGACGUUAUCCGGCUUCAACCUCUUCUGCUGAGAUUCUGAAUGACACGGAUCGGGAGGAUUCUGGAAUCCACACGGCUGAUGUUAGCUGCUCGGUUAGCCAGGCUGAUGAACCCAUUGAUGAGGAGCUUGUUCAUAGUCAUGUGGAAAGGCAGCAGCCGGUGAUUGAGGAGAAACCGGAGCCUCGUAUUUUGGAGGUGAUUGAAAUCAGGAAGGAGGAUGUGAGAAAGAAGGAGUUACGGAAGGAGAAACCAACCAUAUUGGAAGAGAUGAUUGUCGCCUGUCAAAGAGAAGCAGUGACAACAAUGAAGGACACUGCUGAAUCUUCUUCUGGGGAAGAGUCUAACAAAUCUCUAUCACAAACUCUAGUAGUAACUAACAUUAAUAAUAGUCCUUCUUCCUCUCGUCCAAUCAUCUAUCAGAGUCCCAAAGUUCCACCUCGAAGAACUCCUCCCGAAAUUCUCAUACCAAAAUCCCUAGCAGCAUCAAAAGCCACUGAUCCCGUAGAAAAAAUUUCUCAGCUUAGUCUCAAGCUGGACAUCAGCGAAAAGAGUCCGAUGGAAUCUUCCUCAAAUGUUUUCCUCUUUUUCGAUGACUCAGAUUCUUCAAAGGCUUCUUCUCCAGCUUCUCCUCCAACUCCAAACUUUCCAGCAUUAAUCCCAAGAUCUAAUAUCAACACAACAACUUGUCCUGUUAAUUGCCAGGAUGCGAAAUCAAUCCCUUGCAUUUCUCCGAGAACUUCCAAAAUUCCAACUCCUCUGCCUCGCAAAAUCACGAAAUCUUCUCCUACUGGCUCUACCUCUUCUUUAAGUUCUCCCGUUGCUGCUCCCACUUCUCCCAAAUUUAAUACUCCAAAAUUACGCAAUUUAACGAAAACUUCAGAAAUCCCUGUACCGAUUCCUACCAGUCCUUCAAGUAGCUCCAAGGUACCUUUUUUCAAAAUGGAAGAUAUGAGCUCUUCCAAAUCCUUGAUUCCUACCUCCAGUUCCUCUUCCAUCAAGGCAACCCAGGUGAUGGACUCCAGGCCAGCGGAAAGGCGCCUUACGGUGGUGGAAGUUUGCGAAAAAGUGGUGGUUCCUCAAGGUCAAGGUCCUCCAACGCCGCCAGUAGCACCAUUCAUCACUGUCGAGUGUUUUAAGAACAGCCGGACCUCUGAGGAACCAGCAGUUAUCGAGGAAGCAGUGGAAGAAAUGAUUUACCAGACGAUCAAGCCAGUCGAUCGCGAAGAGGUCGAAGCUACUGGAACUCCUUUGAACACGGAAAUCGAGAUGGUUUCCCAGCAGAAAACCGAGGAAGAACCCGAACCAGUUAUAGGAGAACCAGAAGUUAUUUUUCUUCCACCGGUUUCCGAAAAACUUGAGAGGCCUUCGACUCUAAACUUUGUGGAGAAUCAAAAAGCCAUGGAAAUGUUCUGUCCGAUGUCACAGGGUUCAACACCGAUAUUUCCACUAAAUUUGACAAGCGACGAAGAAUUAGUAGCAGGUCUCUCAUUUCCGAUGGGUCCACCAACAAGUGUAGAACCUCCCAAAGAAAAACCUCCACCACCACCUGUGGAAUUCAGUGAUGAGGAAAGUCAGCCAGUCGAGCCCUUGAAGAGAUUAAAUUCCACACGCAGAAUAAAGAAGGAACUUCGAACCCGACGCUCUGAUUUUCUCGGAAUUGGAGGGAUGAACGACGAUGAUUACGAGCAAGAACUGUCGCUGACAAAACCACCUGACAUGGCAGCAAUUUUAGCUGAAGAAAGACGCAUCGAGCAACUUCAUCGUCGUUCCUACGAUACUGAUAGUAAUUACGAGCAAGAUUCGAACCACGAACGUGAUUCUGGUGUGGAACUUGGACACGUCGAGGACUGGACCAAACAGCCAAUCAGUCCCGACAUAUCCCAACACAGCAGGCAAAGCAGUGAGCCUUUUGGAGCAAGUGUAACGUCCUCCGAAGAAGAUGAAAUCACCAAGAAGGAACGAGAAAUUAUCGAAGUCCUCGAGAAAGAGGAACAGUGGCGCUACGGAAACAGUUGUGAAUUAAAUAGUGACAUCGGAGAGAAGUUGGCACAUAAACUUCUUGAAUUAGAGGAAGAAAAAAUGCAGCUGGAACGCGAGCGCGCUCAGGAAACCGAAGAGCAACGUCGUCAGGAGGAAACAAUGCGAAAAAACGAGGAGAACAUUCGCCAGCAGGAAGAAAUUUUGAGGAAACAGCAGGAGGAAAUCGAGAGACAGGAAGAAGCUGCAAGAGUCCAAGAAGCAAAACGUUUGGAUGAGGAGAGAAAGGAGGAAGAGCUUCGAAUUCAAGUCCAGGAGAAACUCAAAAUUAAGGAAAUCGAGGAAAAAGAGAAGAAAGCUGCAGAGGCUCGUCGACAAGAAGAAAUACAGAACAAAAAUUUGGUCUGUGCGACGCAGUACAACAAUCAAGACGACGAAUUCUCGACAGGAGACGUGCUGCGAGUUGAGAGAGAACUCCUCCAACUGGAACAGGAGGAGCUUCAACGGAAGCGAAGCAAUUUGGCUUAUCGAGAACAGAAGCAGCAGCAAUUGGCUCAACAACUCGAGGAGCAGUGGAAAUCUUUGCAGGAUGUUGCUAAUGGAUCUCCGAGAAAUUUCCAACAGUACAAACUCCAAACUCCUCUGAAUUACAGAUCUUCGAUGCCUAAUCUUCAGAUGCAGGAUGUUCAAAGAAGAAGACCUCCACCGCCUCCAAUUCCUCCAGCGAAACCUUUGAGAAUGGUUGAACAAAGACAGAGGGAUGUUACUAUCAGCAGGAACAGCAGAGUUCCUUCGGCGGAUUCGAUUCCGCAACAGGUUGAUGCGUCCAUGCGUCACAGCGCUUCGGCGACGAUGUUGGCGAAUCAUGGUGGUCAGCAGAUGACAAGGCAGACUUUGCAAGCCUUGAGCGCAGUUCCUCGUCCACGAAUCGUUCAGGGUGAUCAGUGGGUCCAGAGAAGGAAAAGCGACGUGCCGCGAGGUGCGCAGGAUUACAACUACCAACACUGGCUCAUUCAGGAGGCGGAGCAGAGGAGGAUCAGUGAGAAAAAUCAACGUUCGCCAGUUCGAAAACAACAACACGCCACAGGAACUUCUGUGCCAUAUACAGCUUCACCUCCAAGGUCGGACAGUAAACCUUUACCAGAUUCGAUCAUUCAGACAAUAACGCAAAGAGUGCAAGCGAGAGCGCAGGAAAAACCUCUUCCACCUAGGCGAAGGCUAGAGCAAAGUUCAAGUCAAGAACUUCCCCAGAAGCAAUACGUAAUGCAGUCCCAAAAAGUCCAUCAAUCGAGCAGGGUCGAGUCUCAAGAAAAGAUGUUAAGCGUCUCUGGUAAAAAGAAAUGCUCCCACUGCGGUGAUGAGUUAGGUCGAGGAGCAGCGAUGAUAAUAGAAAGUCUUCGACUCUUCUACCACAUGGAAUGUUUUAAAUGCUGUGUUUGUCACGUUCGCCUCGGUGACGGCCUGAUGGGGACGGACGUUCGUGUUCGCAACCAUAAACUUCACUGCCAUAACUGCUACUCCAGUGACGAUGGUGUCAAGUUCAGCUGCGUGUAGAAAGUGCGGGCUAAUGGAUCUAAGCUGACUAACUUGAAUAUAGCGAAUUCCUGCUAUAUUUUAUAAAGUGUAGUUGAUCAUUUAGCUACCUUGCCCUGGAAGGUCAAAGAGAUGCAGUGUAUAUAAAAAGUUGUUCUCGUCCAACGGGGCUUUUACCUUACAGGACCAAUCUAAUCUUUGCUCGAAAUUAAAGAAGAGCUCGGAAAAAACGCUUGAUUAAAAAAGAAGUCACUUUUUAUCCAAUUCGGUCGCCCUUCACUAACAGUAAACACACUCACACAUCCUAUAUCAUUUUGUAAAUAGCCUGUAUUUAUGUAAUUAGAUGUAGAUUUUAAGAGAGGGAGAGAGUCGAUAUUGAGUCGUACGAUUAGAGGAAUACGUAAGACGUAAGGGAAGGGAGUUGUACAUUUCUGUAUGAUAUUUUGUGAUAUUUAUAAGUUCAUCCGGCUGAACAUGGAAAUUCAGCGAGUGUUAAUAGCUUUCUUGAAUGUCGAGUAACAACUUAAAUCAAAUCCUGUACUCUCGGUUCCGAGAAUUUAUAAUCUUUGUUACUCUUUUUUAAGUAGUUUUAAGUGCUGGUUGUGUUGCACGUAAUCUACAAUUGGAAACUGAUUUUUUUUUAACAGAGACGAUUUUACUAAUCGAUUUACGUAUCCUUUUAACGAAGCUCGAACCUGGAGCCUUAGAGCAUAUAAUCACGUGUGAAAUAUUGUACGAUACGUGUUUCGUGUUAUCACAAUGUCUAAUUUUAUAUUAGCGAUGAAAAUAAAUGUUUAUUUUAGUCA